UUGCUUUACGUACGAGGUCAUAGAGGUACAAAUAUAACAACAUUUGGUGACCCGCCGACUGUGAUAUCGGACGCUGGACGCCCAAGUUUUUCAGUCGGAUCUUCAGGCAAGUUGAGAAGAGAGCUCCUGCUUCUACAGGUGACAGGAGACUACCCGUGGAGAUUUCUUUUGCUCCAGGACGGAUUUCCCGUAAAAGCUUUACUUUUAUGGAUGAGUAAUACCCACGUGGAAGGCUCUGAUAAGGUCGGAGAUCUGGUCUACAAGAGAAACUUUACUCGUAGCCGUUGGGACCAGCCUAUAUAUUCCGGUCCUUUUAAAAUACAACAGCUCUCCCCCACUGCCGUAUUACUUGAAAACCACGGGACAUGGAUUCAUCUUCGAGACUGCUUGCCUUGUCCUUCUGUGUUUCCUACUUCCUCUCCACCCCCAUAACAGCAUUAUGGACUGACAAUGAACUUUUAAAACUGCACAGUACUGCUGCCGCUAUUGAAAAUAAGACUGAUUGUUGGGUUUGCUCACAUAUUCCUACUCACAGCCUUGGUACCCCUAUCCUUGGGGUCCCCUUUACAUGGACUGAUUUUGAAGACAGAUAUGUGAUGGACUUUUCAACUCUUGAUCCAGAAUUGUCUAAAUAUAGGGAAAUUUCUGGUAAAGGUGAUGAAAUAAUGAAAGCACCCCCAGCUCUUAUUUUGGCAGGAAUAGUUCGCCAUCCUUCAGUAUGUUUCACUGUUUUUAGUAGAAAAACACGGGUGACCAUUAAUGGUAAACAAAUAAGGAUUCCUAAAAUCCUUAUAGGAGAAACUACAUGUAAUUCAACUGAUUUAAAUAUUACUCAGGUCCCCACACAUUAUGAAGCAGCCACCACAUAUGCACAUUGCGUUGAUGAAACAAAAGUAUCUUCUACUAUUGAGCCCUGCCUUUCUUGGGCCAAUAAGAGUUUAGAAUGGGAUUUAGAUUAUAUAGAUGGUCCUGCUCACUAUAACAUAAAAUUUUUAAUACUUCAGAUUAGAAAUCAGGGUUUUCACCGCCCCAUGGUGCUUCCUUCAGGGACUUAUUACAUCUGUGGUAAGAAAGCCUAUGCUUGGUUGCCCAUGGGAGCCGAAGGUAGAUGUACUAUAGGAAAUGUAGUCCCAGCUGUUAGAACUAGAACAGAAUUAUCUGCUACCUCACUUAUUGAUACACACUCAUCUGCUGUUUUAAAUCUUAAGAUACAGAAAAGGGAACUUUUUAAUGAUAAAGAUAAGGCUUGGGCUUUCUUCCCUGCCUGGACAGGUUGGGGAAUAGAAAUGAUGGCUCGCCUUAAUGAAUAUGCUUCCCUUCUUGACCGCAUGAUUAACAACACUGUAAUAUCGGUCCUUGCAAUUAAUGUAGAACUAGCUCAGAUUCGUAAAGUAGCCCUUCAGAAUAGAAUGGCCCUAGAUUACUUGUUAGCAGAACAAGGUGGAGUCUGUGUUUUAAUAGGAGAAGAAUGUUGCACUUACAUUAAUGAUUCUGAAUCGCUUGUUGAAUCUCAUAUGGCCAAGGUUUUCGAAUUGCUAAAAACAAGCCAGGGAUAUUUCUAAAAAUGGUUUUAAUCCCUUUACAUGGUUAGGUAAUAUUGGUGGAUGGUUAAAUGAUUUCCUUGGAAGUUUCUUUAAACCCAUCCUAGUUAUUUUAGCUCUGGCCCUUGGUCUGUACCUUAUUGUUAAAGUAAUGAUAUGUGCCAUAAGCCGCUGUACAUCCUCCCC